AUGUCAUCAGUUUUCAAGCAUGCCCGAAGCCUUUCGGGAGUAUCGCGGCUAAGAGCAGACCUGCUCAAUAGUCAUUUAUACAAGGCAAUAUCUCAUCAUGUUCCCAAGUUUUCCGUACAUUAUUCGCGCAAUUCCCUGCAUGGCCUAGGUCCACGCAGUUUCCGUUCCUUCCAGUCCACCGCGUCCCUUCAUGUGCCCGAGUCACCUGCAGUCAGCACUCAACCUUCACAACUCGAUGAUUACUUCACCAGCAAGCGGUCAGAUUCCGCACUCGACGAACAAUGCGCAACAGUCCUUCAAGACUGGGCGAAUAGCUCACACGGAGAGAAAAGGCUUGAGAAAACUCCCAGUAUUAGAGUAAAACCGAAGCCCGCCGAAUAUCUCUCCAAAGCUUUGCGAAACACUGGUCAUGCCCUUGGAUAUAAUGGCCAAGCGGCCGUGUUUGACCGGGCCGGCUCCAAAUACACAAUCAAAACACAGAAUGAGUCGAGGACAGUUGGUCGACCAAAAAAGCCGUCACUGCCGGUUAUUCUUGGGGAGUACAUAAGAGAGGUGGACCCAUUGCUUUCCUCUGUGUCGGAUAAGCGUUCGGAGAAGGAUUUGGAUAUUGUUCUCCAGAAAGUAUUCAGAAAAACAAGUCAGGACUACUUAUCAUCGCGUGGCUACGAUGCCGCCGAUGUGGCUGCUUGGGCCUGGAUCAUGAAAAGUCAGAAUCCCCACGAGGCGAUGGUACGGGUGUUCUUGCUCGAAACCGACAGAGCCAAAUCUGGCGCCACUACUCCAAGCAUUCCACCUUUUAUCCCACUCUAUAUUUUGAGACAGCAGAACCUCGACCCUCACACGUUCCGUUUGCUCUUGAUCUACUCUUUACAUCUUAUGAGCGGACAUAGCUUCCACAUCGCUGAAACACCCGUUGAGGUUUCCGAACAUGAACCUGAGCUAUCACCCCAGGACUUCCGCCCUCAAAUCGAUUCUGGCACCUGCAUGAUUUUGGUAGUUCGCCUUAUCCGUCAUGCACGGCGUGUGUGGCCACAAUCACUUCUUACUAUUGCACGUGCAUUCGCUCGCUUCCUCUCAGCCCCAAGGGCAGAUGACGCCGAGAGGUCAGUCUUGGCGACUCAACGUGACGAUCGCGUCAAAACCGUCAAAUUUAAUGAUUGUCUCUGGCUACUUUCCAUACCAGCCAACAUUGCUCCUUACCGCUCAACAUCUAUCCAACAGCAAGCGCAGUUUGAGCUCCUUCGAGCGAUGGCCACCCACAAGCCCGUCCUUCCUGUCACAAGGCAAGGAUAUCGAGCAGUCGUUGCAGUCCAGCUGGCCCAUAAGAAAACUUUUGAAGAGCGCCAGUCUGCUGAACUAAAAGCUCCAUCCUGGCCUCCAUGGAAGGAAGAAAAACUUGGAAUUGAUUCCCAGCGUGGGAAUGAAGGGAUGUUUAGUCGUGCAAUGCAGGUACUUUCGCAAAUGAAAGAUGCUGGCUAUUCUCAUCGUCUUUGGGAGGACAUAUCCUCCAUUUUGGCGGGCUGGGACACAGAUCGCAGUCCGACGGUACAAACGAGGGCUAUGAUGCGUCGUCCGCAAGCUUUACCCGACAGACAUGGAUCCCAGUCGAAUCACCAUGAAAUGUGGGUCGCUCGCAUUCGCGCCACGAGAACUGUCCGUGAGGCCUGGGCGUGUUUUCUUUCUUAUCAAGACCAUGGCUUGCCACCAAAGGGUGCCGUCUACGCUGCCAUGGCUGAAAAGUUGAUAUACCGGCGAAAUGCCAUUGAAAGGGAAUUCGACCAAAUGAGUCAUGCUCUGCCAGGUGAUGGCCGUGAAGUUCACCCCGAACCGGCGUCUGCUCGUGAUAUAAUAUAUGUGCCCACCGAACCACCUACCGUGGAUGAGUUCCUUGAUCAGAUGCGCGCACAGGGGCUUCGGCCAUCCGGGAGAUUCCUCGGCCUACUACUUCAGUCGGCUACUUCCCUGCGUUCGGGGCUACAUUAUCUACAAUGUAGUAGCCUGACUGACAGUCAAAUUGAGGCACUCUCUAUUGUGCGGGCGAAGCCUCGCAAAUACCACACCUUGGAUCUUGAAGCUUUUCAUGAAUUGCCAGACUUGGUAUUUGCUUCGUUCAUCAAGUUUCUGUGCGCACAUUCGGAUAUUGCCAGUCUGGAUGUCGGCAAUCGAAAUAUUCUCACAGCGGAUCGUUUUCCAGCCUUGAUAGCCGCCGACUGCUCGACCGGUGCUAAAGUGGACCUUGUCGCAUAUUCCGAGGGACACCCAGGAAACCAGCAUCACCCACGGGCUUUAUGGCACGCGAUUCAAUUGACCAAAUUGCGACGUGCUCCUUACACCCCGGCCUGGACCCACAUUUUAUCUGCCCUGACCCGUGAGCGCCUCACCGGGUAUUAUGGCUCAAGGAGCCGAAGUCUUCAGCGCAUACUGGCAUGGCACCAGGCCCUCAGGGCACUUGGUUGGAUGCGGCAGCGCAAUGUCGAACUAGGCGAGGAAGGAUUCCGCAUUUUAUGUGUGACGUUCACAAAAGCCAUUGAUGCCGCCCUCAAACAUCCUGGAACUGCCGAACAAAGCUUGACGCUAAUCCAUAGAGCUCGAAUUCGUCGUCUCAAAGCCAAAAACGAAGGCGAUGACGAUGUUGAUGGUUUGAUGCAGCACGCAUUGCAGGUUUUGAAGCAUCAGUUUGAUCAUUUGGUUCUCCCAGCUUCCAAAACCUCGGAGCUUGCGGAGCGAAGUGUCUUUGCAACAAAAAUUGCUUCCGACACGCAACUCAGUGUUCCCUCGAUGCUGCAAAUACCAUCACCUGCUACACUGCAUGCCUUUGUUCGGGCUCUAGGGUCGGUAGGAGAUGACGAAGGGUUGUUACAUCUGCUGCACUGGAUGAGUCGAUCAGCUGAUCUACUGAAAGAAGCUGCAGAAGAACAUGCAAAUGGAGACAAAAUGAUGCGUCGAACCCUUGUGGCGAUCAGGGUGUUUUUGGAACGACAGCAACGGAUUGAUACGCGGGUACCAUCGGACCUGAUUGUGGAGGCAUACGACCUUAUCAGCCGGACAGGCUGGGACUGGCCGAGUGAUGCGGAGGUUACAGAAUACUGUCAGUGA